UUUGCGCAACAUCAUUUAACAUUAUCCAAGUGAAACUAGAUUUCUUUAGAUGCAAUAUAAAAGAUUACAAUAACUCCAUGUUUGUCAUUUUGUCUAUAAGGUGCCCUAGAAACAGUGAGCAGUCAUUAUGACACCUCUUCUUGUUUUCUUCGCUACCAUCAUCGUUUUGCUCUAUGCGCAAUAUUACUUGUCAAGAAGACAUCUUUAUGCCGCUGCCGCGAAGAUCAAAGGACCCAGAGGAUUACCGCUGAUAGGAAAUGCGCAUUUAUUCGUCGGCAAAACAGCAGAUUUCUUCCAAAAACUGAAUUCCAUCUUCAGUCAUGUGGAUAAAGAACCUUACAAACUAUGGUUGGGACCAUAUUUGCUGAUUUCUCUCAAGAAUCCAGUACAUCUAGAGAAAAUAAUGUCUUCUUCCAAAUUUGCACAGAAGCAUGAGCUUUAUGUAUUCUUGGAAAGUUUUGUUGGAGAAGGACUCAUCAGCUCCUCAGGAGCGAAAACGAAAUACAAAAUUCAUCGCAGGCUGAUUCAACCUCUAUUCGAUUUGAAGUUUGUUGCAAGUACGAUUCAUAUUAUCCAAAACCAAACGAACAUUUGCAUGAAAAUACUAGAGGAUUAUGUUGACAAAAAAUCAUUCAAUAUCCACAACGUCAUUAUUAACUGCAGUAUAGAUAUCAUGGGAGAAAUCACGUUAGGACAAAACAUCAAUUCCCAAAAGUAUGGUCCCACCAAAUUUUGCCAGGCAUUGAUAGAUAUGUAUGAUUUGGCAUACGCUAGAAUGACGAAAGUGUGGCUUCAGCCUGAUUUCAUUUACAACCGAUUAUCCUUGAAAACCAAAAGCGACGCGGUUCAUGCUGAUCUGAAGGACUUCAUUCAGGAGGCACUCAUCGAUUCAUGGAAGAGGAGAAAAAUUACGAAGACUGAAGUGACUGAACAAUUUGUUCCAACUAUAGAUCGGCUUCUUGAGGUGGUCGAGAAUAAUCAGGAUAUAAUGAAUAAUGAAGAUUUGGUGCAUCAUCUGAUAACUCUGUUUGCUGCGUCUGACGAUACCUUCGCAAUCAUCGCAUCAUUCACUGCAGUAUGCUUCGGAAUGUAUCAUGAGUAUCAGAAGAAAGCUGCUGAAGAAAUAAGAACUAUUAUUGGAAAGGAACCAAAACCUAUCACGAUGGAAGACAUUUAUAAACUGAAAUAUUUGGAUAUGUGCAUAAAAGAUAUCAUGCGAUUAUUCACCAUUGCUCCCUACAUUCUGAGAAGAAAUUCAGAAGACUUCCAACUUGAUAAAUGGACUCUGCCGAGAGGUGCUGCAAUUGUCAUACCAAUUCACCACUUACACAGAGAUCCAACUCAUUGGGAGAAUCCGGAUCAUUUCCAUCCAAACCAUUUUCUUCCAGAAGCUGUACAAAAAAGACACAUUUAUGCAUAUUUGCCUUUUAGUUCAGGUCCACGAGGAUGCAUAGGUAAAAUGAUGGCUAAUGUAUUGCUCAAAGUGUUCCUAGUCCAACUACUCCAGAAAUUCGAGAUACAGGCAGAAGGAAAAGUACCAGAUAUCACACUAUGCUGUGACAUCAGCGUAAGACCAAGAGAAGGAUACAUCUGUACUUUGAAAAAAAGAAACUGGAAUACUAUUGAAUGAAUUGAUUUCUGUGAAUAUGUUCAAUACAAAUAUCAAUGAA